GAACACACGCGUUCCAGAGAUCUCGCGAGAAUGAGAUUUUCUCAACCUGUCAUGGCUGCAGCGAGGAAGCUUCGGACGUGUGCGGUCUCUCCGGCGGGGAAACACUCCGCCUCGGUCAUCUUCCUGCACGGCUCAGGUGACACUGGGCAGGGACUGAGAGCCUGGGUUCGAGAUGUUAUGGUGCCAGAUCUGGCCUUCAGCCACAUCAAAGUUAUUUACCCCACAGCCCCAGCUAGGCCAUACACACCAAUGAGAGGGGCUCUGUCCACUGUCUGGUUUGACCGUCACAAGAUCUCGCGGGACUGCCCAGAGCACCUUGAGUCCAUAGACGCCAUGAGCAGCACCUUAGGGUCCAUCAUUGAGGGAGAGGUCAACGCCGGCAUCCACAAAGACAGGAUGGUCAUCGGUGGAUUCUCAAUGGGCGGAGCCAUGGCUCUCCAUCUGGCCUGUCGGUAUCACCCUGAUGUAGCGGGAGUUUUUGCACUAUCCAGCUUUCUCAACAAGGACUCUGUCACUUUUCAGGCUGUGGAGGAGCGGCUCAGAGCAGGUCUCGCACUCCCCGAGUUGUUCCAGUGCCAUGGGACUAGUGAUGAUCUGGUGCUCCAUCAGUGGGGAGAGGACACAUCCAUGCUGCUGAAGAAGGCUGGCAUGCACACUGCCUUUCACUCCUUUCCAGGCCUGUAUCAUCAGCUCUCCCAGCCUGAAAUGGAGCUGCUGAGAAGCUGGAUCCUCACCAAGCUUCCUCCUACCACCUCCGCUGACUCACAGAAUUAGUGGUUUUAUCAAUGUUUUCCUUGUGUUGUUUUUACUCAAUGUAUACUGCACCUCUCAACGCCUUUACACAAAGACAUUUAAAGAAGCCACACAGUAAGAACCAAAUGUGUGUUUUCUGUAUGUAGGGUCUCUUUAUGAUUUAUUAUCAGCUGAGAGAGGUCAGUCAACAUAUAGAGAGGUUAUAUGUUUUUUAUCAAUAAUUACAUAUCUGCCAUAUAACAGAUGCUGUACCAGCUGUUGAUACCUGAUCCAACAGUCAUUUAAGUGAAUUUAAUUAAACAUAUAUAAAGAGUU